AUGUUUGAGGAGAAUUCCGAUGUGGAUGAGUGUGUGGUGAGUCCUCCUAUCUGUGGCCAACACGGCACCUGCGCAAACACACCUGGCAGCUACACCUGCACCUGUCCAGCAGGUUUCAGUAACCAGGACACGAACCCCAGAGCCCCCUGUGUAGAUGUGGAUGAGUGUGUGGUGAGUCCUCCUGAUUGUGGCCCCAAUGGCGCCUGCACAAACACACCUGGCAGCUACACCUGCACCUGUCCAGCAGGUUUCAGUAACCAGGACAAAAGCACCAGUGCCCCCUGUGUAGGGACGGACAAGAUGUUGUCUUCUGGCCAGUGCAUGUCUGACAGCAGCCAAGUGACAGGCCUGUUUACCAUGAUGGAGAAAGCCAUGAUGCUCAUCGGACCCCAGCUCAUCAGACAUGCUAAAUGUCAACGCACACAUAUCGAGGCGGAGCUUGCGGUGAAAAGAGGUAGAACUCCUCCCACUGGGCCGGUCAUGUUGAGCACAGAGAACGCCUCCUUCAACACCAGCUGGGAAAUGGCUGCAGGCAACGGCACUUAUCCAGGUACACACACACACACUCUCCACACCUUUGAGCUGCAGCUGAUUACGUGGAUCGGUCUGGCGUGUCUGUUUGUGUGCAUCCUGACCUUUGGCCUCUGUCGCUCCAUCAAGGGCACGCGCACCACCAUCCACCUCCACCUGUCGCUCUGCCUCUUCCUCGCCGACCUCAUCUUCCUCUGCGGCAUCAGCCGAGCACAGAAGGCUGGCUGUAGUUUGGUGGCAGGGCUGCUGCACUACUUCUUCCUGGCUGCGUUCAGCUGGAUGCUGCUGGAGGGGGUGCAGCUCUACAGGAUGGUGGUGCUCGUCUUCCACACCAGCCUCCGCCCCGCCUACAUGAUGGCCGCCGGCUACGGAGCUCCGCUGGCCAUCGUCAUCAUCUCCGCCAUCGCCUACCCGCAAGGAUACGGCACCGACCAACACUGCUGGUUGUCUCUGCAACGUGGUUUCAUCUGGGCGUUCUUCGGCCCUGUGUGCAUCAUCAUCUUCCUCAAUGCCUUCUUCCUAAUCAUCACUGAGAAGCUCACCAGCCUCAACCCGGACCUCUCCAACCUGCAGAUGAUCAAGAGUUUCACAAUGACUGCGAUGGCUCAUCUGUGUGUCCUGGGGGGCAUGUGGAUGUUUGGCUGCUUCAUGUUCCAGAAUGUGCCCAUGGCCUACCUCUUCACCAUCCUCAACAGCCUACAGGGGGCGCUCAUCUUCCUCAUGCACUGCCUCUUGUAUGAACCUGUGAGUCAGACACACACGACAGUGUUGUACAUCUGCACUCGAGAAAAGUGGAGUCAAGCAGAGUACACCUACAACCCGUCCAGCAACAGCCAGCAGGUUUCAAAGACUAACCAGAGUACCAGUCAGUUAUAGCCCUGAAGAUGAUCUCUGACCUUCAGGCGAC